GCGCUUUCAAAACGAAAACGGAAGUAGAAAAUUAUGCGAACGGAGACUUGUAUUCAGUUACCUGCAUUGAAUUUACGUUUAGCUCGUCAAAGCUCUGCUUUAGGCUCCUGGUGUAUGUUAGGUCAAUUAUAACGUACAAAUGCUAAACGUAUUAAAUAUCAACUUUACUACUAGCCUAAAUUAGUUUAGCGUACGUCCACCGUUAGCUUGGCUGUUGCUUUGUUGACGCCUGGUUACAGAGGAGUUGUACUAAUUACUAGAAGCAUGGCUGAUCCUGCCCGAAUGAAGACCAACGAUUCACCUAAGAGGACGACUGCUACCGAGGAGCAUCCUAAAUCAGAGGAAAUCCAAGAUGAGCCUGCCGCAGAAAGUCCUGCAGACGAAAACAAAGCGUCGUCCUCGCAGAAUCAUCCCAAGCAGGAGGAGAAAUCACAAAUGGCAGCUGUAGAAGAUGAAGAAGAAGGACACUCUGGCCAGCCUGCUGCCAAAAGACUGAAGGUUGAACCAGAGAAGAAAAAGGAAAAACGUCAUAAGGUCGAUGAGGAUGAAAUACAGAAGAUGCAGGUUUUGGUGUCAUCUUUUUCUGAAGAGCAGCUGAAUCGCUAUGAGAUGUACAGACGUUCUGCCUUUCCAAAGGCAGCUAUCAAGAGGCUGAUUCAGUCAAUCACAGGAUCAUCAGUCUCCCAGAAUGUGGUGAUUGCGAUGUCUGGUAUUGCCAAGGUUUUUGCUGGAGAGAUUGUUGAGGAGGCACUGGAUGUUUGUGAGAAGUGGGGAGAUACACCACCUCUUCAACCCAAACACAUGAGGGAAGCAGUAAGGAGAUUAAAAAGCAGAGAUCAGAUUCCCAACACAAAAUACAAGAACAUUCUCUUUCACUGAGCCUUCACAUGUCGAAUAUAUGAACCCACUGUAAACCUGCCAACCAGACACUGCUCGUCCUCUGACUAACCAAGGUCAGUAUUGACUGCAGUAUUGAAGAACAGUGAAGCCAGCUGUGAAACAAAACCCACUGCUGCUGAAGUACACCUCUGCUAGUCAAGAGAAACUCCUUAUGCAAUGUAACCUUCAAUUGCUAUAGGAUUAUAUUCAUGUAAUAUAUUUGUUACACUUACUGGUGAGUCAAAUAAAGUUUUUUAUCAUUAUCCCAGAA